CUUCAAUUGUCUUGUCCAAGUAAAACACCGUUGUUCUUGAAUUAAUCCUAGUUUUGAGCGAUUAGCUUCUUAAGGGAACAAUUAAAUAACUCACUAAUUGAUUCGUUGCUGAAUGAGUCAUUUUUGAACGAACUAGUUGAUUCUAAUGACUCGCUCCUAAAAUUAAUUUGUGGCAAACUGGCGGUAACCAUGUAACCCAAAGACAGUCUGGGCUGAGAAAUUUGAAAAUUUAAUAGACAUUACAAAAAGUAGCCUCAGAAUGAAAUAUGUUGAUUCAAAAUAGAAUUAAUUACUCAUAAACCUUUAAGGCUACAAUGCAGCCAUAAUGUUGUUUUAGAAGCUGCAUCUGGACAUUUAGGUAGCCUAUAUUUACAAAAACUGCCAUGAGGCCCAAAUAAUGCAAUUUUAAAUGGACAUUAAUGUGCUUUAAAAUAUAUAAUAAUAAUAAAUCGAAAUAUGAAGUGAUUUAAAAAAAUAAAUAAAUAAAUACUCUAAAUAUGAAACGAGAUCCGCCAGUUGGUGGCUGAAAUGCACUGAUUGGUUAUUCAGUCAUCCAUUUAACCGAUUCGUUCAAACGACUGAUUCAUUCGGAGACGAAGAAUCGUUGACUCACUCGAUUCAUUUAUGAAGGUGGAUUACUUUAGCAACGAAACUAUGUUUUUGCUCAGAAAGGUCGAAGAGUUCUGUUGUGGCUUCGUUUGGAAUGGUUUUCACUGGUGAAACUGAGCAAAAACAGAGGAUACUGACAAUAUUUUGUCUAAAAUAACACAAUACUAACGUCUUUUUUACUGAACUGUUGUAUAAAAUCACUAUCACAUUAGCAGUCGUGCAGAUAUUCGGGGUGAGGACAUCACUCUUGCUCAUGUGGUGUAUUGCGAAACUCUCUGAUAUAAAUAUAAGACAGUCACCAGAUUACAGUACGUCACUUCUCAGGCACUCCAAGACAUAUUUUAUUCUGAACAGAGGCAUACUUCUUUAAGAGAUUCUUUUUGGCAUUUAAAUUCUUUUUAAACUGAGAAUUUGCCAAGAUAAAAGCACAAGAGAGGAAGAGCAUGAUACUGUCAGAGACGCAGAACAGGAACCUCAGAAAGCAUUGUGUCUUGAGAGGAGGCGCAGGGUUCCUACAGGUCAUGCACCUUCACACAAAGGAAAUGCCACAUUAAAAGUGAAAGUGUUUGUUUGAGUGUGUGGUGUGCAUGAGAGAAAAAGAUAAGGAGUGUUUUGUAUUGUGUUUGCUUUUACAGCUCGACCGCCUCCUUUAGACCUGCGGGGUCUGUCCACAAUUUCUGAAUGCCCUUUCCACGUUCCCCUCACACGCACCAUGACAGAACCCAGCACAUCACUUCAGUCUGUUCCUUUGGACAGGCGGCGGGGAUGGGGCUUAAACGGCUCUGAACAGGAAGGGAGCAUCACGCCAACGGACUCUCGGCUCUUGUUCCCAGCUUGUGAUUCUGCUCCCUGGAUGAGGCCUUCUCAGCUGGAUUACUUGUCACUUGACUUUAAUUCUGCUUCCCCCUCACCUGUUCAGAAGAAAGCGCUGCUGGCAGACGAGUACAGGGUGGAUUACGUGCAAGUAGACGAGAAGAAGACACAGGCUUUACAAAACACCAAGUUGGAGUGGAAGGAUGUCCGUCAGUCAAAAGCCUAAAGCCUUCUGGGGGGAGGGAUAAUCCAUUUAAAUUAUUACAUGGUUCAAAACUUGACUUGUUUUCAUCUCCGUCAAUUUCAGGUACACGUUGGUUUUUUACACUGCUAUAAAAGGAGCCAGUACAGAGCUGGAUAAGAAACCUUCAGAAAUAAAAUGGCAGAUAAUUCAGGAAAUUAUUCCAGAAUAAAAGACCUCCAACACAAUGAUUCAAGAAUAAAGCUUUGUUUUGUAGUUAUUUUACUGGGAAGAUAAUUAGCAUUUCCUAUGAAUUUUUAGAGUAGCACGUUUUGGUUUAUGAGUAAAAUCAAAUAUGCAGUUGACGUUAAUUUGAUCUACAACAUAAAUUAUACACAGUCAUACCUCAUAUGUGAAUGGUGUUUUUUAAAAAGUUGCUAACAAAUUGAUAAUAAGUACUAAAAAAGUACUACCAGAAAAGAAUGUGAGUUCAUGUGUAAGAUAAAGGUUCUAGUCCUAAUUUGUGAGCUACACAAACUAUUUUUCAAAACUUUGGGUUUGGUAAGAUUUUUAAUGUUUUUGAAAGGAAACACUUCGGCUCACCACCAAGCCUGCAUUUGAUCAAACAUACAGAGCAAAAAAUA